UAAACAUGGCCCCUUUACACACCUAAGGGUCAUUGUUUACAUCCAUCCUUACGUGCCAUUUCUGACUGUAUGUUUCUGCUCCCUGAGAGCAGAGAGCUAGAGAGAGAGAGAGAAACAGACAUCUCGCUGUUGAGUUUCUACCUUCUCUGCUUGACAGUUCGGUUCAUCUUGAAGACUCAGCACCUAAUCAGCAAGGGAAGAUCACAUCAGAGGAAGAAACCUUCUGGAGGUUUUGCGACCAAAUAAUUCUUGUCUAGAUCUUCCAAAAGCCAGCUGCCACCAUUUCACCUCCAACGGCCAUGUACAGCUCCAGCUACUCCCGGGCCAAGUUUGGCCAGGAGGCAAGGGAGCCCCUGCACAAGAAUAAAGGAAAGAGCUGUGGCUACUACAUGAGAAUCGUCUUCUUCUUUUCCUCCCUGAUCCAGUCUCUCAUCAUCGUCGGUCUGGUGCUCUUCCUCAUCUAUGGACAGCCGGAGAAGUCUGCAGAGGAGAAGAGAGUUGAGGAUCUGGAGCAGAGUUUCAAUAAGCUGAGUGAUGUCAACAUCCAGCUGAGGAAGGAGAAAGGCGAGCUGGGAGCUCAGCUGGAAGCUCGCACGGCUGAGAAGGCUGCUCUGGAGAAAGAGAUGGAGAAGCUGAAGACUGAUGCCAAUACCACAGAAUUUCAGCUAAAAAUUAAAUUAGCUAAUUGUGAGAGAAUGAGUGCGACGACACUUCGCAUGAUGACACACCGUCCCAGCCCUCCGAUCCCAGCCCCUGCUUUGGUCACUACCAGCAAUGAGUUAAAGACGUUGCAGAGCCUCAAUGCUCAGCAGAAAGCUAUGAUAAAUCUCAUCCAGGCAAACUUCACCCAGACGGUUCAGUACCUGAGCCUAGAGAGGGACAACGCCCUCAAAGACAGAGACACACACCACCAGGAUGCCAUCACCCUACGCAGGGAGAACACCAUGCUGAAAGAGCAGCUCACCAGCUACACCAGGAAGUGCAAAGAGGACUUUACUAAGUCUUUGGAUGGGAUCACAACCGUGACCAGGGAUUUCCUGAGCCGGAUCAACAACCUGUUUCCCCACCAGCUGACCUUUCAUCUCACCUGUGACAGCCAGCAGGAACAAAUGGAAAAGAUAAGAAACAGCUGCACGAACCUGUCCAGAGACGUGGAGAAUAAGUUCCAGUUGUAUCUGGACAACGUGGGCAACAAGGUAGCAGAGAUCCAAGCCCUGUCCAGUCGUCUGGAGGUGCGCAAUUCACACUUGACGUCCGACCUGCAGCAGUGUGAACGCAAUCGCAGUGAGACAGUCACCGAGGCUGCCAGACAGCUAGAGCUCAAGCAAAGGACUCAUGAUGACCAGAUGGAAAAACUACUGAUGGAGCAGAACCGAUUGAGAGAACAGAAGAAGCUACAGGAAGACAGUUUGGCCCUGAAGGACAAAGAACUGAAGAUGCUCCAGCAAAUGGUCCCUGCCCAACCCAAUUUUAAGCCUGGUUUUCCUAAAGUUCCCGGCCUCCAAGCAGCCCCACAGCAGGACAAACAGACUGUGGCUAACUGGCCCUCUACUGGAGGCAUCGGCAAAACUCCAACGGUGAGAUGAAAAGAAUCACCAAAUUAAAAACUGAAGGCACUACUGGUGCUCCAGUGAUCAACAUUUUUAUCUUUAAAGAAUUUUCAAAGGACAUGUAAAUAUUCCUGAUACAACACACUUCAUCAAACACAACUUGUAAAUACUCCGUUUCCAUAUUAAUAUUAAUACAUAGUUACUGUUGUUGUUUUGUGCAUGCUUUGUCUAGCUUGGAACUGGAACUUGGAACUGAAGAUUCAUUUGUGUUUUACUCAUGUUUGAGUUUAAACAUUUACUGUGAAAAGCCUUUGUAUCUUUAUACUCAGGUGAAUGUAAAAAAUUUCCAUGACACUGGUGUAAAUAUUUUCUGUUGUGUGUCACUCAGUGGUUUGCGUAGUUAGGGAACCGUCACUGGAAGAUCUUUUGUAUUAUCAUAAAAUUAAGAUUAAAUGAACCAAAGAAAUUCCUCAA